CUUCCGUGUUGUAUUGGCUCUAUGACAAACGUGUGUGUCAACUGCGGCGCUAUGAAGUGGAAAGGAGAAGCACCUGGCAUGUGUUGCAGUAGCGGAAAAGUGAAACUGGCAACUCUGCAAGAUCCACCGCUCUUGCUAAAAUCAUUGCUUCUAGGUGACUCAGAAACGUCUAGGCAUUUCCUUACAAAUAUUCGCAAGUACAAUUCAGCUUUUCAGAUGACAUCAAUGGGUUGCAAUGAAAUUAAGGAAACACAUGGAUGGAAUCCUUGCUUCAAAGUGCAAGGUCAAGUGUACCACCUCAUUGGAAGCCUGUGCCCUUUGCCUAAUGAAGAAUCCAAAUUUGCUCAAAUCUACUUUUUGGGUGAUGUGGAGAGAGAGAUACAAGUAUGUGCAGAGUUUUAAAUUAGCCAAAGACGUUCUCCGUGAAUAUGAUCAGCAGUACAAGGUUGUGAUUCAUGCUGACA